AUGAGCCCCGUGAAUUCUGUCUUUUUUAUAAACGCCACUAUUGACAAUAUUGUGCAUCCUGACUACUUUUAUGUAAGUGGUUUUGCCGGUAUUCCCCACACAAAAUACUACUAUGUAUUCUUGUGCUUUGUUUAUGCUCUGACUGUACUGGGAAACACCUUUGUCAUGUUUGUGAUUUACAGUGAUCACUGUCUUCACAGUCCAAAAUACAUUGCAGUUUUUAAUUUGGCUCUGUCUGAUAUAUGUGGAAGCACUGCUCUCGUUCCUCAGUUGAUUGACACCAUCUUCUUUAAAUCACAUUUAAUCUCCUUCCAGGCCUGCUUGACUAAUAUGUUUUUUGUCUUUUGGUUUAUCCAUAUGCAGUCUUUCACUCUCACUCUUCUGUCCUAUGAUCGAUGUGUUGCGAUAUGCUUUCCACUGAGAUACAAUGAGAUUGUGACUAAGAAAUCAAUGUUGGUCAUCACAACCGUAUUAUGGGUCAUUGGAGCAGUGGCCAUUCUCAUAGCUGUGAUUUUUAUGACCACACUGUCAUUCUGCAAAUCCACUGUGAUAAAUAACUAUUUCUGUGAUCAUGGAACUGUCGCACGUUUGGCCUGCAAUGACAACACUCCAAGUACUGUGAUGGACUGGACACAUCCUAUUAUGAUUCUCUGGCUACCAGCACUUUUUAUCACAGGUACAUACAUUUGCAUAACCAGAGCAUUAUUAAAAAUUGCAGCAGCCUCAGAGCGUUUCAAAGCCAUGCAAACCUGCACGUCUCAUUUGAUCUUGGUGAGCGUGUUUUAUUUUCCUUUAUGCUUAUGCUUUGCACUGGGCUCCGCCAUGCCCCCGAACGCCACAAUUAUCAACAUGUCUCUGGGGACUGUCUUGCCGCCUAUGCUGAAUCCAAUCAUUUACUCACUGAAGACAGAUGAAUUCAGAGAAUCCAUUAAAAAGCUGUACAGAAGAAAGAACAUACGCAUCAAUGUAAGUAAUAAAUGA